AUGUCGUUGCAUGGGGCGGAGCCCCAAUGGGGUCUGGGGCAACGCCCCAGGGGGGUUCAGGGCACAGCCCCGAUGCCCUCCACAGGAGCUAGAGUCCGAAGAACGUGUGGGUGUGCGAGGAACGAGCACCCCACAGGUUUAAGGUCUCUAGU